GUGACGCCCGCAGCAGUCCGUGCCACUAGCGCUGAAGUGCGAAGAAAAGAAAGACCAGCGAGGUGCGCGCCACGCACUAGUAUCACAGCGAGCUGUUAGAAGAAGAAGCAUCCUCGUCAUGGCCACACAGCAGAAUGGGCUUCCCGAUUCGAAAAACCCCGCUACGCUUCCAGAGCCGCCAGAACAGUCAGAGCAGCCAAAUAGCGGAAACAAGAAGCAGAAGAAAAGGAAGAAGCGCCGCUCAAAAAGCCCGCGUAAGGCCAGCGACGGCUCGCAGGAGUCGACGCUCACUUCGCAAGCAUCGGCGGCAUGGAGUACACUCCUGACCACGGAAGACGGGGAAACGGACAACGCAUUGCCGUUCCAAAGUGCAAAGCGUCCGAAAGUCUCCUCGGGUAGUGCAUCGGCUGACAGCGCCGCGCCCCUAGCAGCCGGAUGGCUAACACGCAAAGAUCCCACCAGCAGCGACGCGCCGCAACAGCAACAGAUGACCGUCGCCAAAAGGAGCACGCCUGUCGAAGCAUUGCCGCAGACGACCACCGCCAAAAGCAGCUCGUCUGCUAAGCAAUUGCAAAAGACGGCACUCGCGGAGAGUAGCACGUCUGCUAAGGAAGUGCCAGAGCCCCGUGCUCCAUCAAGACGGGAACGACUGCCGUCAGAAGCCUCAUUCGUCGGCAUGUCGUUCGGCACGUCUGGUCCAAGCAGCAGGCGGACAUCGUCUCGUCACUGGGGCGGCAGCCUGUUCGACCUGUCUCCCAGCACCAGGCUCGACGAGACGACGCUGGUGCUAGGAUCUCGCGCGAGCAUGCCCGAGAUCUUUGGAGGCUGGGCCCCAGACGACAGGUCGCCGGAACGUCAAGGCGCCGGCGCCGCGACGGGAGGCAGGGCGGCGGAGUCGCUCCAACGUCCCGCGUCACCUAAAGACGGUGCCACGCCGUCGCGACUCUCCAGAGGACCAAGGCGACUCUCUGCCGUGCGAUGGCUGUCCGAUACCGAGCAAACACCGGAUAGACGUUCCGCAGCGGGCACUUCGGCAGCGCUGUCACCAGGACAUCCGACGAAAGGCGCUCGGACCGAGUCUGAGAUGCGGGCAGGGCGAGCUCCACACGCCGCAGUCAGAGUUCCGCGGAGCGCCAGGCUAGGUCGCGAAGAAAUGGCGGUCGCCUGCUCCCUCUGCUGUACGUUCUGGCUGGCGUCGCUCGGCGUCCUGCUGCUUUUCUGGGGUCACGCGGCGGACGACCGCGACGACCCGCUGUGCAAGACCGAGGACUGCGUCAGGCACGCCGAGCUCAUCACCGGCAUCACCGCCGCGACGAACGUGGAUCCCUGCGAAGACUUCGGUGCUUACGUCUGCUCGGCCUUGUCGUCACCAGCCAGCCUUGCUGCUCGAGGUCGGGCUGGCCACCAGCACGCGGUGCCCUCCGCCGUGGACGCCGCCGUCUACGCUUGGUUGGACGGCUUGGGAGAGACGCUGCGCAACGGCAGCUUCGCGCUGCCAGCCGGUCGCAAGCCCCUGAAGAUGUACGAGCUGUGCAUGGGAGGAGACGACUCGCACCACUACGGCGCCGACCCGACAGAGUUCUUGCGGUUCUUGAGAGAGGUCGGGCUGAGCUGGCCCGAGGACCCACCGAAAGGCGUGGACGCCAUCUCCGUCUUCGUUUCGCUCGCCUUCAACUACGAGGCUCCGGCGUGGUUCUCGGUGGCCGUCGCGGAGUCGCCGUCAGGCUCUCAGGACUGGAGGCUCGUCGUCUCUCCGGACCGUUACACGUCCGCGCUGUGGGCGCAUCACAAGACCACGGUCAAUUCCGGGGCGUACGUCUCCUUUUGGCAAGGUAUGUGGCGAUCGCUGGUGGGCGACUCUGCGGCUUCCCUCGAUGAUAACGCAAUCAACAAGACGGCUGCCAUGGAAGACGACGUUUUGUGGAAGCUUUACCGAGCGCUGACGAAGCCGCUGAAAAGGACGGCGCUGUCCUCACUCGCGGAACUUGCAAACUACACGACCUCGAUUUCGUCCGCGAGUUGGUUCAGGGCGCUGACGUUGAGUCUUCCGCUGCGUCCUACGCUCGCUACCGAGAUCUUCCUAACGGACGUAGCCUACGUGAGAACCAUCGGCGACCUGUUCGCCACGUACGACGACCAGAAGCUGGUACGGCAUCUGUCUUGGAGCUUCGUGAAGAUGUAUGGACCAGUCGUGAACCCUCAGUUGUUUGUCGAUCGCCUCGAGGACGCCAAGAUCGCCCUACUCUACCGUCCCUUGUUUUGCGGCGUCAACGUCGAGGUUCCGUACAAGCUGCUUGUUUCGGCCCUGUACUUCGUCGCGCGAAUUUCCGACCACGACAAGGCGUCCGUCGACGCCACUUUCGACAGCCUGAUCCUCGCGGCUGCGGAAAAGGUGUCCAACUCCAGUUGGCUGGACGCCGACAGCAAGCACCCGGUCGAAGCAAAGAUCAAGGCCGUCAACGCGAGUAUCUGGCCCGACGAGGAGCUCCUGAGGACGGACGUCCUGGAAGCCAUGCACGAGGAGUUUCCCGAAGACAGGUCCUCUUUCUCCGCGUACUGGGUCGCCUCUCGGAGGGCGAUUCGUCGGGCCAAAAGUCGGACGCUCUACCGUCGACACUCGGUGGGCCCGAUCGGUUCCGAAGAACCGUACCUGACUUACGACGCCGUCGCGAACAACGUACUGGUCGCCUUGGGCGCACUCGUCGCGCCACUGUACUACCGGAACGGCACCCGGGGCGCGCUGUACGGCGGCAUCGGCUUCCUGAUGGCACUCGAGAUCGUCAAGUCGAUCGACCGGGAAGGCCUGCGGUGGGACCCCAACGGCAACGCAGUCGAUUCGUUUCUGUCGCAGUUGUCGCUGGAGGAGUUCGUCUUGCUCAACUCGUGCCCCGGCCGAGGGCAGCGACAGACCGCGUUCCCGGAGAUUCCAGCCCUGGAAGUGGCGUACGCCGCGCUCCAGAGGGCGCUGAAGAAGGACGGGCGUCGUUACAGAAUCGCCAGACACCUGACUGAAGAAAAGGUGUUCUUCAUAACCCUCUGCUACGUGACGUGUGCGCUGAGGGGCACGGACAACCACACGGGCACCGACUGCAACAAGGCGGUGAAAAACUUUCCCGAGUUUGCGAGGGCGUUUUCCUGCCCCCGUGGGUCCAAGAUGAACCCGCGCACGAAGUGCGUGUUUUUCAACUGAACGAGAUGUGAAAGCCGAUUGAUGACUGGGGUCUAUCGACCUUCCUAACCGACCCUCAUUUGAAAAUAUACCUCGAUGGGACGAUCUUGUUUCGUCGUGUUAAAGCUCGGAGAAAGUGCGACUGGACUACGACAGAAGCAGGAAGCGUUGGCCAUUCGCCCGCUUUCGUGCGAAUGCCGUUCCGGUCUUCAAUGCGGUGUCUCAUUUUGUUUCUCUGCUUGAGGACUUAUUCGGUGUCGUGUGCGUCGUUUAGUUCAGCACUUAUUCGGGGUCUAGUCAUGACGUGUCGCUGUGUGUGUCACGUGCACAAAACAAAACGGUACAUCUUGCUUUUGCGAACGUAUUAUUUUUUAACGAUUGGGACAUUUUCUUUUUCUUUUGUUUCGUUUUUCUUUCUCCGGCCUUUCUGACCGUGCGCCCCUUUUCUCGUGCCUUCACUGUCUUCAGUGCGUGAUUAUUGGAGAAUGCGGCCCCGCAGUCACAAUGCAUUGCACGCUCUCCAGAACCUGAAUAAGGCUCCUUCGAGAAUCGUGUGUGUAUGUACACAAUUAAAUUCGGAGCGCAACCCGCUGGUUCUGAAAGAGCGAGGGCACCGUCUAUAAUGUGGACUAAUUUGGUUUUUUUUUUUAGAUCCAUCCGACCACGACAAGGCUGCGACAAAAAAAAAAGUCAUGUCUGCAAUCGCCCCUUCGCUCCCGGUUUUCCUCGAGAACUUUUUUUUUUCUUGCGUAAAAAACAGCUCGUAUAGGUAUAGCUUCUUGUUAUCGUCGUUACACUUAUUGUUUCCCGUCAUCAUCCGUAACGCUUGCUUUCAACGUUGAUUUCAACGUUGCCUUUCGCGCGACCCCGUGCAUUCAUGCCGGCGGCUGUUUUUUUUUUUUUUUUGUGAGGCAGCGUUGCCCGAUUCCUCUGAUUUCGAGGAGAGCCGACAGGCCGAGCCACAGAGAGAAGCAGCCUUUAUCGAAGCGAGGAAGCGGCUUUUAUUUACAAUUGCGAGCGAGCGAUGUGAAAAACGCCUGAAGCGAUCGAGCUUUGCUUGGGGCAGAAAUUACAUCCGUGGGCGCUUAGCGCGGGCGUCGCGUUGGAACGGCUGACCCGUCACAUUUUGCUUGCCUCGGUUCGUUGAAGAUAAGUGGGCAUUGAUGCGACAGCAAGCUCAGUGCAUCGCCUCAUUGUGAACGCUGCGAAAUAAUCGAGAAAAAGCGACGCUUGCUGAAAUGGCGUAAUCUCGAGGCGGGGACUAGCUUCCACACUGAUUAGCUUCCACACUUCCACACUGACGGACGGACGGACGGACGGACGGACGGACGGACGGACGGACGGACGGACGGAAAACUUUAUUGAAGGUCCUGAGGUGAACGACUCAGCGCGCUGCGGGCCGCUCCCACGUUGGGACAGUCAGGCCACGCCCGACCGCCGCAUCGUGGGCCCUCUGGACAGCCCAUAUUUGCGCCCCGGCAUCGGGGCUCUUGAUAGCGGAGAGCCACAUGUCCUCCUUGAUUUGUUCCGUGCCUCGCAACAAGGGGCAACUCCUAGAGCAUAUGGUCUAAGCUAGCUAAGUCAUUGCAGUGCCUGCAAGAACUACUGGCAUAAGUGUCGGGAUAAAGCUUGCGUAAUAAAGCCGGGCUGGGAUACGAGCCUGUCUGCGAUAAGCGGAGGGUCAAUGCCUGCGCUCUACUUAACUUCUGGUGAAGAAGGGGAAAGUCUCUCCUGCUGAGAUAAAAGUGCUGCUUAAUUUCAUUGUAUGUGGUCGAUUGAUCUCUGUUCUCCGACUGUGAAAAAAAAUUGGGCCUUUCUUUAUGCCGUGAAGUGAACCUAGGCGAAAGCUUUCCGAGAAGGCCAAUUUCCGAGAGCUACCUGAACAAUGAAUCCAGACCCUGUUUUUAAGGGCAGGGCGUAUGGGGCCGCGUACCGCACGCGGCGAUAAAUUUUGUUUCGAGCACCGAACAGACGUCUGUGAUCGG